GGCACUGAAAGGCAGCUCAGAUGGGCACUGAUAUGUGGCAUUGAUGUGGCACUGAUGGACACUGGCAGUGAUCUGAGCUGGAAGCAGGUGCAGACUGACAACUCAUGGGGCCCCUGGGCAAUAGGAAAUCAUGGGGCCACUGUGUCCUCACCAACACUCAAACCACACCCAAAAAAGCCUAUGAAAGGUACCAGGGGUAUCUGAUGGGGCCCCCUACUGACCCCCGGGCCCUCGGCCAGUGCCCGAGUGCCUAAAUGGUCAGUCCGCCCC